AUGGUUGUCCAUUCCCCUCUGCAUCGUGUAGAGGCUCAUGCAGCUCGUAGGGCUCGUCUCACCCUAAAUGGCGAAACUUCUUCCUCACCCAAUCCAACAGCACGAGCUGAGGCUCCUGCAGUUGUUCACGAAUCCCCUAACAAGCAACGUAUCAGAAACUUAGAAGCGGAACUACAAAGAACUUGUAACCAGGUGGAAUAUUUGCUAAGGAUACAUGAUUUGGAUGGCCGCGUACCACCACCACCAGCAACAACACCACUGGGAGAGCUAGAGCCGGAAGAAGAAGAGGACCCUGAGGAGGAUCCUGAGGAAUACCCAAAAGAGGAACCUGAUGAGGCUGCCGACGAUGACAACGAUGACGACGACAAUGACGAUGACGACAAUGGCGGCGACGACGACGACUUGGGCGAUGGAGAAGAAAUCAGGAGCGGAAGAGGAAACGGUCGUGGCGGGCGUGGGGGUAUCAAUAUGACCCAAACCCAACUAACGGCUCUCAUCAAUGACAGUGUCGCUGAAGCGUUGGCGGCAUAUCAGGCAGCUCAAGUUGGAGGUCCACAAGUCCCACAUGUUCAGCCGUCGGCAUGCACCUUCAAAUCAUUCAUGGGUUGCAAGCCAAGUCAUUUCACUGGCACCGAGGGUGCCAUCGGCCUUCUCCACUAG